AUGUCAACCAAACGGCGGAUUAAUCUAGUCGAUCUCACCGGAGAUGGAGAACCAACCUCUGAGUCUACUCGCAAGAGCUACACAGCCCCUACUGAUGGCCAGGAGCUAAGGGCGCGUCAGAGCGUCGUGGAUCUUACUCAGGGGGAGCCGAGUACCCAGAUGGAGCAUGAUGAAGAACUAAAUGCAAUGCAGACGGUUCAGGAUUCUCAAUUCGAUGAAACGGCUUACUUGACCUCGGAGCUCUACGGUCAUCUGGAAACUAAAAUCGUGGGCGUGAGGUUCUACAAUGGCCAUGCCACAUUGGGCGAGUGUGUCCUUGUCAAAAGAGACAGCAACAACAAGUAUGAUUCAAAUGCUGUUAGAAUCGACAAUGUCAUGGGCCACCAAAUCGGUCAUCUACCCCGUGUACUAGUCAGCAAGCUUGCUCCUUAUAUGGACUCGAAUGAACUGCUGGUAGAAGGUACACUAUCCGGUGAAAUAGGAGCAUACGAUUGUCCUAUUACACUUCACCUGUAUGGAACAAGUGAGCCUGCGGCAAGGGAACAAUUAAUGGAGAAAAUGCAACGUGAUAGGUUACCAACGACCGUGGUUAAAGCAGCAAUUCGGAAACACAAACAAGAUCUUGCAAAGAAGGCAAAAGAGGAUGCUGCGAAGAUGCGUGCAAAUGCAAGAGCGCUAGCCCAACAGAAGAAAGGCAAUCCAAUGUUCGCGAAUCUUUCCCAAGGGGCAGAACCGGCUCAGCAAACAGAGAGUUUGGACGAACUUCUCUCUCAGAGUAUUUCCUUUAAUCCCCGAGAGACGGAAAAGAUUGUGGAAAAGUUUGGCUUGGAUGAAACUGAACUUUCACAGAUGCCAAUGGCAGAGUGCCCUCCUCAACUUUCAACGGAACUCCUUCCAUAUCAGCGGCAGGGACUGGCAUGGAUGCUUGACCGCGAAUCCCCCAGCCUUCCAAAAGAAGGCUCUGACGAUAUCGUGCAGCUAUGGAAACGAGUUGGUAAGAGAUACAUGAACAUUGCAACUAACUACUCAUCUUCGACUGCGCCGCCACUUGCAAGUGGUGGAAUUCUGGCGGAUGACAUGGGCCUUGGUAAAACGAUACAGGUCAUCUCGCUAAUACUAGCUAAUGCGACCCCUAAGACACCAAAGUCUUCUAAGGCCACACUCAUUAUUUCUCCUCUUGGUGUGAUGAGCAAUUGGAGAGAUCAAAUAGCGGCUCAUAUCCACAAGGAGCAUGCUUUGCGUGUUCUAACAUAUCACGGCUCUGGUAAAAAAGAGGCUGCUAAUCUCUCUCAAUACGACGUGGUUAUCACUACGUAUGGUGCCCUUGCCUCAGAAUACGGACAAUUACUCAGUGCAACCGGGAAGUUUGCAAAGACGAAAAGAGGACUUUUCUCUGUACGUUGGCGAAGAGUGGUCUUGGAUGAGGGCCAUACAAUACGAACACCAAAGACAAAGGCAGCUUGUGCAGCUUGUAUGCUAGAGGCAGACUCACGCUGGUCUCUUACCGGUACCCCCAUCGUCAAUAACUUGAAAGACCUGUACUCCCAAGGAAAGUUUAUCAGGCUAUCCGGCGGCUUGGAGGAUCUACCUGUCUUUCACAGUGCAUUGAUUCGGCCUCUGAAUGCUGGUGACGAAAAUGCUAGCCUUCUACUCCAGGCCUUGAUGGCAACUAUAUGCUUAAGACGCAGGAAGGAUAUGAGCUUUGUAAACCUUCGUCUACCCCCUAUGGAAUCUCAUAUACUACACGUUAAAUUUCUUCCCUACGAGAAGGAGAAGUACGAAAUGUUUGAGGCCGAGGCUAAGGGUGUCUUCAUGGACUUCCAGUCUAACAAGAAAGGCAAGAAAACAACAUAUUCUCAUGUCCUUGAGGUUCUCCUACGACUUCGUCAAGUAUGCAACCAUUGGAAACUUUGUCACGACCGUGUCAAAGGACUUAUGGAAUUACUGGAGAAGGAUAAGGUGGUUAAGCUCACCCCGGAAAACGUAAAGGCACUUCAGGCUGUAUUGCAAUUAAGGAUCGAGAGCCAGGAAGAAUGUUCCAUUUGUCUCGAAAGCCUAGACAACCCUGUCAUUACCCCCUGUGCACACGCUUUCGACUACUCCUGCAUUGAGCAGACAAUCGAACUCCAGCACAAAUGCCCUCUCUGUCGGGCCGAGAUCAAAGAUUGCUCGGAAUUGGUAUCCCCUGCUGCGGAUCUCGGCGAAGACUGCAAUCAAGUUGACGUAGAGUCUGAUUCUUCGAGCAGUAAAAUCCAGGCUCUCGUCAAAAUCUUGACGGCAAAAGGUCAAGCCGCUGGGACGAAGACGGUGGUUUUCAGCCAGUGGACAUCCUUCCUUGACUUGAUUGAACCUCACCUUGUCUUAUAUAACAUCAACUUUGCCCGAAUUGACGGCAAGAUGAACUCUGCCAAGCGUGAUGCUGCCAUGAGUAAAUUCUCCCGUGACUCAGAAUGUACCGUGAUGCUUGCCAGCUUGAAUGUGUGCAGUGUCGGCCUUAAUCUAGUGGCUGCCAACCAGGUUGUCCUGGCUGAUAGUUGGUGGGCCCCAGCCAUUGAAGAUCAAGCUGUGGACCGCGUAUAUCGCCUGGGCCAGACACGUCCUACAACUAUAUGGAGACUUGUCAUGGAGAACAGUAUUGAGGACCGAGUACUUGAUAUUCAGAAGGAAAAGCGGGAACUUAUGAGCACGGCUUUCCAAGAGAAAGCUGGCCAUAAGGACCAGGCACGACGGUCUAGAUUAGCUGAUCUGGAAAAACUCCUUCGGUGA